AUGCAUACCACCUCUGCAAUCUUCACCGGCGAAUGUGUCAAUCUUGAUGAAAUUGUGUUCUGCCACCUCUAUCGCGGUCUGUAUACCAUCGUGAACCGUAUCAAGGAGACGACAGACGAAAGUGGCAUCCUCAGUGCUGGACCUCUAUGGCUACUACAACUUUGGUUGCAUGCUUAUUUCCCGGCGACUCGCGGCCCUCUGCCAGCUCUUCAAACGACAAUUCAAGAUACCACCAUGCUCACAUAUGGCCAUUGUUUGGCUAAAGCAGCUUCGCGAAAAGGGAAUUUUACUAAUUAUUUUACCUUCUUUUAUGAGUUCCGAGAGAUCCCCAGCUUCACUCCUUUUGUGGAACAGAUAUUCGGCCCCGCUUCUUUCAAACUCAUUUCUGACGAGCCACCACCGCGAGGUGAUCCCGCUGUCGCCGCUUAUCAUGAAUUCAUCGAGGAGCGCAAACGUUACCGAACAGCUCGAGACCUCCUCUUUGCUCCUACCGGAUCAGAAGUACUCAGCAUUGAGACUUACAACCUCAACUUGCAGCUCGACAAUUUAGCCUCGUUCAAGCGUGGCCUAUGUUACCUCCCUCGUCCUUGA